AUGGGUGACAAGAUAGGGUUCUGCGUUACUGUGUUAUUUACUGUGUGCUUGAGUUCGGCUGCGGCAAAUUAUAGGAGCGAUGGGGGUUUCAUGCCAAGUACGGUAUACCAGCGUACAGAGGACCAGUUGGCGGAACCAUCGGCCAGAGUGGACAAAAAUAGUAGAGAGGAGCGCGACAAUCAGCCGGACAGAACACAAAGAUUCGGUAUCACAAACUUCGGAAAUGGAUCACCAUAUGGCGGAACCGCACCUGGAAUCUACGGACCAGUAAAAAUCGAUUUGGGAGGAGUUCUCCUUGGUUCGCUCCUAGGUUUCGGUGCAGUUGUUAUACUUCCGAAGAUCAUCCACGCCUUUUCUUAUAGCUAUGGAGGAGGAUACGGUCGAAGCGCGGAGACAGAUCUUCACGUAGUGUCGGACAUGCUAGGCAAACUGGACGAAACGCUCAGCAAGUACAACAUUGAUUCGACGGCCUGUAUGCAGCGACUGUCCUGUUCUUACGUGCAGCUGGCAAAUGAGAAUAUGGUCAACGGAAAUGCAAGCGAUUUUGACGUGAUGUUAGCAUCGCUGUCCAAUAACUCUUUAGUACGCCGGAUGAUGGACGGCACGUCGAUAUUCGAAGCAUUGUCCGCCGGCAAAUCUCUAGACACGGAUUGUGAGACACUGUAUCCCAAGUGUAAAUUAGAUAAGAAAACUGUUAUUAAGAUAAUGUCGCAAUUGAUACCUGCAUAG